GUGCAGGCCUCCCCGGAGGGGCUGGACGCCGCCUCCGUGGGGGUGCCCCUGGACACGGGGACUUCCAACCGGCCCGGGGCCAGAUUUGGACCCCGACGGAUCCGGGAGGAAUCAGUGAUGCUUCGGACAAUCAACCCCAGCACGGGGGCCCUCCCCUUCCAGUCCCUCAUGGUCGCAGACCUAGGCGAUGUGAAUGUCAAUCUUUACAACCUUCAGGACAGCUGCCGCCUGAUUCAAGAGGCCUAUCAGAAAAUCGUGGCUGCCGGCUGUGUGCCCCUGACCUUGGGUGGAGAUCACACAAUCACAUAUCCUAUAUUGCAAGCCAUGGCAAAAAAGCAUGGCCCUGUGGGGCUGCUGCACGUGGAUGCUCACAUGGACACGGCUGACAAGGCCCUGGGAGAGAAGAUCUAUCACGGGGCCCCCUUCCGCCGGUGCGUGGAGGAGAAACUUCUGGACUGUAAGCGCGUUGUACAGAUUGGCAUCAGGGGCUCUUCCACGACCGUGGAUCCCUACAGAUACAGCCGGAACCAGGGCUUCCGGGUGGUGCUGGCUGAAGACUGCUGGCUGAAGUCGCUGGUCCCUCUGAUGGCAGAAGUGAGGCAGCAGAUGGGAGGCAAACCCAUGUAUAUCAGCUUUGAUAUCGACGGCUUGGAUCCUGCCUAUGCCCCAGGGACAGGGACACCGGAAAUUGCUGGUCUCACCCCUAGUCAGGCUCUGGAGAUCAUCCGGGGCUGUCAAGGCCUGAACGUGGUGGGCUGUGACCUGGUGGAAGUCUCACCGCCAUACGACCCCUUUGGAAACACGGCCCUCCUGGCAGCCAACCUGCUGUUUGAGAUGCUGUGUGUUCUCCCCAAAGUGAGAGUCGUCUGAACCUUGUGCUCGUCAGCACAGAAUAACAGAUCGCCUCAAGGACCAGUUCUUAAGCAUCUGUCAGUACUACAGAGUUUGUGCCAAUAAAACUUUCUGCUCCAAG